AUGGGAAAUCGAUCUGCAAGUUCGCGUCAAAAAACGCGUAAUAACAAUUAUAAAUAUCAAAAUAAUUAUUAUAAUAAUGGAGUAACAAGUAAAGGUGCUGAUGGAUAUAAUAAUCAACGAACAUAUUCUUCACCAGUAAAUGGUUAUAGUCAACAGAAUAACCAACUGUUUGCAAAUAAUUAUGGACAACAAAAUGGAGCAUAUUUAAUGAGUAAUACACAAACUCAAUAUACAAUGCCUUCAACGCAGCAUUAUAAUAAUAAUAAUAAUACGAAUCCAAAAUCCAAUUCAAAUAAACUUAUGUAUGUAGCAAAUUAUGAUUUUAAUGGAACAUCAACAUCUGGUGAAUUAAGUUUUGUCAAAGGAGAUAGAUUAGAAAUUCUUGAUAAAUAUACUUAUAAUGAUUGGUGGCAAGCUAAAAAUUUGCGAACAAAACGAGUUGGUUAUGUUCCAGCUAAUUACAUAUCAGCGAUAAAUGAUUUAACAGCAUAUGAAUGGUAUUUUGCCGAAACAAAUCGUCGUGAUGCUGAACGAUUUCUAGAACAACCACAUAAUGGUAAAGGAACAUUUCUAAUUCGGCCAUCGGAUACAAAUCAAGGUCAAGAAUCAUUAUCUGUUCUGGAUUUAAAUAAGGAUAAACAUUUUCAUGUUAAACAUUAUCGUAUACGUCGAACAAAUCAAGGAAUGUAUUAUAUUAGUAGUAAAGCUACAUUCCAAACUUUGAAAGAGCUUGUUGAUUAUUAUCGAACUAAUGCUGAUGGUCUUUGUUGUAUAUUAACACGUCCAUGUCGAAAAAUUGAACCAACUGUACCAGCUGAUCGACAUGGUUUAUUAGAAUUAGAUCGUUCACAACUUUCACGUAUUGAAUUAAUUGGUAAAGGAAAUUAUGGUGAAGUAUACAGGGGCAAAUAUGGUCAACGUGAUGUUGCUAUUAAAUGCAUGAAAACUGAUACGAGAAAUCGAAUUUGUAAUGUUGAUGCAUUUCUUGAUGAAGCAAAAAAAAUGAAAGAUCUUAUACAUAAAAAUAUUGUUUGUUUAUAUGGUGUUUGUACACAAGAAGAACCAAUAUAUAUUGUCACAGAAUUUUUAAUUAAUGGUUGUUUACUUAAUUAUUUACGUGAUGGACAAGGAAGAAAUAUAAAAUUUAAAACAAUAUUAGAUUUUGCUGCACAAAUUGCAAAUGGUAUGGCAUAUAUUGAAAAAAAGGGUUAUGUUCAUUGUGAUCUUGCUGCUCGAAAUAUUCUAGUUGGUGAAGUAGAUGUGGUUAAAAUAGCUGAUUUCGGUUUAGCAAAAUAUCUUCAAGGUGGUCGUUUAAUGGUCGAUCGUGAAUCUCAAUUUCCAAUAAAAUGGACUGCACCCGAAGCAGCAACAAAAAAAGAAUAUACACAUAAAUCUGAUGUAUGGAGUUUUGGUAUUCUUCUCUAUGAAUUAAUUACACAUGGUUCAAAUCCAUAUCCUGGCAUGUCGAAUAAUGAAGCAUUACAAGCUGUAUUGAAAGGUUAUCGAAUGCCAAAACCAAACGAUUGUCAUGAACUUUAUUAUCAAAUUAUGUAUUCUUGCUGGCAAGAAGAUCCAAACAAUCGUCCAACAUUUGAAACACUUUAUAUGCGUUUCGAUGAGUUUAUGAUUCAGGCUGAGCCAAGCUAUCGAGAAACGUGA